AGGAAAGAUGUCACGAUGAUGAAAGGAAAGAUGGAAAUGAACUAAGAAUGAAAAAGAUAGAGUAUAAGGAAGCACAGGAUGAUGUAGCUGAGACAUUGAAUAAGUCUAAAAAUAAUUUUAAAUCAGGCAAAGGAGAUCAUAAAACUGACAAAAGUGAAGGAAAGACUUUAAAGAAAGCAAAGAAGAGGCAUCAUGAAGAUGAUGUGGAGCAAGCUGGCUCAGAUCCUAAAAAACAAUGCAAAAGAAUGAAGCCUAAUACAUUGGUUUUAUCCACAAAUACAUGUAGAGGGUGUAUGAAGAAAAGGAAAUAUAAAUCCCCUUCUGUUGUUCCUGAACAGAUUGGUUUACGGACGACAACUAAAGAUAAGUUGCAGCAAAAUCAUUAUAGCAAAAACAAGUUCUGUGAGAAGGAUGAGGAAGCAGAGGGUGACAACGUACAUGAUUACCUUGACCCAAGUGUGUCAGACACAGCUAGUAGUAAAUGCUCCUUUGUGGAUUAUUUUUUAAGGUCAAGAACUGAAAAUUUAAGGGAGAGCAGAAAGAAGAAGAAGAAAAAGAAAAGGAAAGAGAAGGGAAAAGGGGGAGAGCACAUAUUUUAACUAAAGCUGUAGAUAGCAGUGGGGAAAUAGAAACAUUGCCAACUCAUAUUCACAAAGGCAGAGUGAAAUUCUUUCACAGAAACCAGGAUAAGGAGACUAUAUCUUGUACUCAAGUUGCUAAAAACAAAUGUACUUACCUUAGCCAAGGCAUGUUAGAAUUAACAGGUGAUGCCAAGGCUUUUCCUGAAACUAGUAAUGAUUUGGAGGUACAAAAUAAAUUGAAUGGAAAGUGGAAGAAGAAUAAGGAAAAGAAGAAGAAAAAGGAAGAAGAGAGAAAGAAAUGGGUAAAAGACAUAAUGAUUAUGGAUUUAACAUGUGUAAAUGAUAAAAAAGAGGUCGUUAACUCAAGAGCUGAGAUGGCAGAGAAUGUGGAGGAGCCAAACAUUAAGGAAAAGAAGAAGAAAAAGAAGAAAAGAAAAAAAGAAGAUAGAAGGAAAAGGGGCCAGGAAUUGGUUAUGGGAGAGGUAAAAAAUUCUAUUAAUGACAAUAGACUUGAUGGAGAAGAAGCUGGUACAUGUACAUGUAACUCAACAGCUGUGAUGGCAGAAAGCACAGAGAAACAAAAGGAUGAUGAAAAGCUGAGAGAAGCAAUGCUCCAUGCUGACAUAAUUCAUCAAACUUGGAUACCUUCUGAGGAACAGCUUGAGUUGUUAAAAGAGAAAGGUGUGUGAUUAUGUUUUUAUCAGAAGAACCCAGUAAAAAAUAGUUUCUAAGUGAGUGUAAGUUCACCAACUAGAAGAAGCAUUCCAUAAAUGAGUCUGCCCAAAAGAUGUUUGUAACCAGUUAUAUGAGGCAGUGUUGCUGAUUGCUUAAGAGUAUAGUCAGAUGUUACUGGAUUUCAACUUGGUCUCAUUUUGGGCACAAUGAAUCUGACUGAGUAAUAACUGUUGGCGUUUAUGUUUGUUAACUUAAAAGAUUCUAUAAAUCAACCCACCCAGUUUACUUUUGUAUCACUAUUUCAGAGCUGUAAAAUGUUAGUUAAGGGCUAGAAGUCAAUGCCAUUCGUAUGAAUUGUGGUGGAUUUCGACACAGUCACAUGCUCUAACACAAGCUAAGGUUGCUGUGACAGGAGCUCUGAGCUCAACUCCUCAUUCAUGUGCAGGUUCACAGUAUUGAUUUUUAACAACAACAAUAUAAAGAGUGUACAGUCGAAUCUCGGUAACUCGAACUCUCUAUAACUUGAACCUCCCGUUAACUCAAAGUAAUUUUCAAUUCCCUUCAGAUCAUUUUCCAUGUAAUUUUACUUUUGAUAACACGAACUCCAAACAUCUUGAACUUUUUUCUAUUUCCCUUCAAGGUUCGAAUUAUCGGGAGUCGACUGUAUUUAUUAACAAGAAUCAAAAUCAAUUUUACAAUAUUGGGUUUCCUGCAAAUACAUGUAGCUACUUGAAGCUAAUCUAGGCAGGACAAGACAAAGACAAUAAACGUGCUACUAUAAUUAUUAAAAUAAAGAAAAAUAAUAUUAAUGUUACAAACAGUCCGGAGUAGUCAAUCGAUAAAAAUAGGUGUCGAUAAAAAUCGAUAGCAAUCAAGUGAUUUUUAUUGAUUGAUAACGGAAAUCGGUGAAAAUUGAUAAACUAAGUUGCUGUGUCAAAUCAAUAUUAUCCAUUUUUCAUGAUUUUAACAAUUUAUAAUGGUAAGUUAAAUUGUACAGCUCAGAGAACUCAUCCACGAGUAACAACUGAUCAACAAACAUGAAAAUAAGAAAUGUGGAAACUAUUACAGACACAAGAUUCUCUCUAAAACCAUGACCCUUUUGUACAUAAUAACAGAAAUGGUUUGGUUUAAGUUCUUGCAGGCAAGUACUACGAGAAAUACAACCUUAGAUAAAAGAUUUCCCAGCCUGAAUUUCAGACAUCCUUAAGAGGCAAAGGGAAGCCUAAAAUUCAGGCUAAAGGAUUUCCCUAGAUAGCUUUUCACUGUUUUCUGUUAUUACUUGAUAAAAUCACUUGAUCGCUAACGAUUUUUAUUGAUUUCAAUAUUUAUAUAUUGACUACUCCGGGAAACAGAAAGAAAUGCUGAAAGAUUUUGCUUUUUUGUAGUUACACUCUAAAAGAAAUUGUAGGUACACUAUUAUUUGUUUUUAUUGAACUAGAAAAAUACCACCCAAGGUGUGCAUGUACACCAGAAAUUAUCCCUUUAAUUCAGAAUAAUAUAUUCUAUCAUUGACAUACAUAUUAACAUACGUGUAAACACAACACAAUGUAUCAUGAUCUAGAAAGAUAACCAAUUCACCCUUGGAAUUCUUUUGAAAAACUCCUUUUUUGAAGGUACAGUGUAGUUAAGCUGUUUUCUGGUCACUGUCUGGCCAGUUCAGUGGAGAACAGGUUAAGAAGUGUUUUCAAACUUUCUGUCCUUGUUUAAUGUGGGCCUUUGUAAUGGAAACUGCUGGGUCGUCAGUGAUUGUGUUACAUCUAUAAACUUUAAGUUAAUCUGUAAAUUUGUAAAUUAGUUUUUUAUUAGUUUGUCCUUGUAUAUAAUAUAUUAUUAUUAAUUUUUUAAACUCAGGAUUCAAGAUAAAGAAAGGCAAGUGGUCUUUUCAGGAGCUCAAAUUAUUAAAGGCAAAUGUGCAUAGGUUUCUGGAGGUAUGUUAUUAGACGGUGUUACCUGUAUUAAUCUUUUACUGUUGGUCCAGGUCAAUACAGAUUCUUUGAUGUUUGGAUUGGAAUUCAUGUACAUGUUCCUUGAUUACUUGUAGUAACCUUUUUGUUGUUUCUGCCAGACUCAUGCAUUGCCAGAUCCAGUCAGAAUUCUUCUUCGUUCAAGUACAGACAGGAAGGAAGGGAAAUCAUGGAAGCGUUUUGCUCGUGAAAAUGACUUUUACAGAGAGCUUGGUGAGUGAAAACCUAUAUCUUGAUUUUCUAAACUUUUUAACACCAGGUUCACUAUUUUUUUAAAUUUAUAAAUAAAAUGUAUGUACAGUCGAGCCUCUCUAAUACGGACACCUAAGGGACAGAGCAAAGUGUCCGUAUUAGAGAGGUGUCCGUAUAAAGAAGGUCACUAUGAUGGCGUCACCUUUAUGACUCCACUUACAGUUUUAAGUGUUCAGUAGCUAAAACCAGGCUCACACUUGUCUUUAAACUGCAUUCAAAGGUAUUAAUUCACAGUACUUGUAAAGACACUGUCUUUCAGUAGCAUACAACAUUGUACAUCUCAGCUACAGACAAAGUACUUUUUUAAAAUGAAAUGAGCUACAGUGCAAUGCUGCAUGUAGAAAGUUGUACCGUAAACCACAAUUCUGAAAGCGUCUUUUGCCUUUUUGCAAGUGCAGUAAACGGUAACUAGAAUACAAAAUCAGUGUAAUAGAAAAGAUCUUUAUGCUAUCUGUAGUUAUUGAAGCCUUCAAAAAGUCAGUUAUGUUCGUCUCUACACCUUUUGCAAAUCAUUGUUUGGUAUACAGCAACCGGUCUUUAUAUCACCUUGCAUAGCUUAUCAGCAAGACUAGACGGGAUUCACCCGGUGCAGAUUCACCUUAUCGGGAUUCGGGAUUCACCUGAUCACCGCAGCGUCCGCAAUAAAGAGGUUAAGUUUUAAUGAAUUUACUCUCUGGGGCUGAGAUUUAGUGUCCGUUGUCCAUCUUAGAAGGAGUCCAUGUUAUAGACUGAGGUUUCUUUAAAAGAAAAUAUAUGAGAAUUUUGUCGGGACAUUGAAAACUGUCCGUAAUAGAGAGGUGUCCAUAUUAGAGACGUAUCCAUACCAAGAGGUUUUACUGUAUCAACACUCUGAAGACACUUACUGUGGGUAUUGUGAUAGUGGUAAUGCUAAUAAUAAGAUGGAAACCCUUCAACAUAAUACAAAUAUUUUCCUUGUUCUUUUCUCUGUUUAAAUACAUGUCAUGUAAAAAUUACUUCACCUUUAUAACACUAAUGCAGUCACUACAUAAUUGACAUAGUUUAUUCAUAUUUGGAAAUUAUUGUGUUAGCUUUAAUAAAGUGAUCAUCAAUCACAUUCAGUAGUGACAAUUUUAUGAGUUUUAUUCUUUUGCCAGGUAGAGGUAUACUGAGACCACUGAAAGCUAUCUACAAUUGUGCAUUGAGAAUUUAUGAUGAAUCAAAUCAUAUGGGAAAGUUAGUGUCAUCAUCAGAUAAUUGCAAUCAUGUUAUGCCGGGUAGAACAGUUUAGGUGUCUUAUAAGGGCUUACAGUAGUACCCCAACCACCACCCAACAACUACAUCACUAUAUGUAAAUAAUAAAACUACCAUGUUAUGACCACAUUCUCUCGGCCCUCACCAUUGAAUUUCCUAUUUGUAAACCUGGUGUGUUGACACUAGAUAAUGUUUUUUUCAAGCAUUAUUUAGUUGGGAGAUUUCCGUGGUGGAACAGUAAUACACCACAGCCCGUGUGAAUGUUUGCCUUAAAAACCUUUCCAGCUAUCUCAUCAUCAUAACUGACAAUCUCAAAAUUUCUCUUAAUUUAUUCUUGAAUAUGUUAAGAAACUUACAAAUAACCAACUCAUAAAAUUGAGGAUUCACUUAAUCAAAUGUGUUUUGUACUUUGUUAGAUAUUCUGAUGAAGAAAUCAAAGAACUGGAAAGGUAAGUCUAAUGACUACUGCCAGACCUGCUUAGACCUGGCCAGCAAGAUGGAUCAUUUUGAAAAUGAACUAGGCUUGUCUCUAGAAGAAAUUGUGCUAAAAACUAUCACUGUAGCCUGACUGUGUAGUAGGCCCUUGGAAGUAAUGGGUGCAAGGAACACUGAAGGAAGAAUGGGGUGUGUGAGGGAAACACGUGAGGGGAGAAGGAGCUUUUGCCCAAGAGGCCCAUGAAAAUCGUUUCAACUCGCUUUCUGGGAGUGUGGAUAUUUCCGAUUGGUUGAGAGGCUCCCGAGGGAAACAAGUAGUCGUGUAAGGCAAAGAAACUGUCAAUCAAAGAAAACAGGAGAUCGUUUAUUUAACAAAUAGAUUCCAUGUUGCCGUGCGUCUGUUCAGUAAUAGAUCACAGAUGACGUCAAAAUGUCGUAAAAACAAAGAAGUGGCACACGAGCCGCAGGAGAAUGUGUCACUGUUGUUUUUACACAUUUUGACGUCUUCUGUGAUCUAUUACUGAACAGACCCACGGCAACAUGGAAUCUAUUUGUUUUAUACAAUGAUCAGAAAAGAAAAAGACCGAUACACAUACCUGCCUCAAACCGCUUGACCUUUUGAGGAUUUGUGCUAGUUUAGGCAUUUUUUAAGUCCCAAACCCAACUUUUCAUCUUAGCUUCUUCUUUAUCUUUCUUGUGUACAGUUUCUUCGAAAAGUUUUUCACCUUCUUUUCUUGCUCAAAGAAGAAUAAUAGCGAAAACAUUUUGCAAAACAGCGUGUCUCUCGUAGCGAAGACACACGAUGGCAACUGUUGUGAAGAUUUCUUGUAGUUUAGGCAUUGUCAAGUAGUCAAUAGCUUUUUUGGUCUCCGUUUCUCCAUUUUUCUUCUUUGUAAAUAGCUCCUGCUAAACUUUUUCCGAAGCUUUCACUGCCUCAAUCCGAAAUAAUCUCACAAACAUUUUCAAAACCGCUUGCCAUGUUGAACAAAACAAAGAAAACAAGUUUCCUGUGACGUCAUCCAUGUAUCUGUACUCUAAUAGCUAGAUCAUGGGCAACGACCAAUCACAGCGCGCGUAGCAUUCACAUCAUUGUAUAAACACAUGUAGUACAUGGAUGGACAAGGCAGUGAAGGUUUUUUAUUACACUACUAAGUAAUGGUAACAGGACUGAGUGGAGUCCAAUUCGGUCUGUAAUCAUACGAGUGAUUAACAAAAUAGGACGACCGCGUAGCGGGAAUCCGAUUUGUUUAAUCACGAGUAUGAUUACAAACCGAAUUGGACGACAUGAAGUUCUGUUACCAAUUAAUCAUAACUUUAACAAAAAUUGUGAUAUAAAAGGCUAUUUUUUACAUAAAAACACAAAAAAUUCGACAUUUUGUUUUGCUAGCUUAAAAAAAAGGCCAUUUCAGUGCGCGCUUGAUGGCGCGUACUGUCCCAAUUACUUAGGUAUGACGCGUACUGUCCUAUUAAACUGUCCAAUUAAGGCUGAAAUCAGGGCAGUUGAUAGCCAAUCAGAUUUGACAAUUUUGUUAUAGUUAUGAUUAAUGGUAAAAUCGAAGUUGAGAUCUUGGAGGUCACUUCAAUGGAACUAUGUGGCUGUAAUCUAAUAGAAAAGUUGGAGUGUUCAAACAGUAUUCAUAAAGGAACAAUUUGACAUCAAAUACGCAUUAGUGGAAGAGGCGACAGACAAAAGAUUUGUCUAAUAUAAUACACAGCAUGCAUUCUUUAAAUGAUUUCCAUUUUUGACUCUGUUUUUUCGUAUUUAUCGUGCCUUUUUAUGUCACCGAUUUUCUCAGAUGCAGUUAAGUAAGUAAGUAAGUAAGUAAGUAAGUAAGUAAGUUGGUUAAAAAUGAUUUAAUGCUGUGUGUUUAUUGUCGGUUGCUCCCUCGCUCUAUAAUCAGAUAACCUAGCUGAUCUUUAUAACAGAUAGACCAAGAAUAUAAAUGUACAACGCUUUGGCACGCUUUGCUUGUGCAAGGUCAAUCGUUUUUUGUCAAAAUUUUUGACAAAUCAUGCAGCUGCUGCCAGGUAAUUGGACCAGAGGUGGCAAACUAUUUUCAUGGGCCUCUCGAGCAGGAGCUCCCUCUCCCCUCAAGUGUAUCUCUUGCGCGCCCCAUUUUUUUCUUCUGCUGUUACUUCCAAGCAUGAAUAAUGGAAUAUUGUUAGUUUCCCUGCUACCUACGUGUACCAAUCUGGUGUUGGGAAUGGGCUAAGGUUUCAUAAUCCAUCAUCAGAAAUAAUAGGAUUGAACCAAUCUAUUAAUACCAGAAAAAUUGCUUUUUAUAAAGUAGUCCAUAAUUUGUUUUUCACCUGUUAGGAGUCAAAGUAAUGAAAAAUUUUGGUUUUUCUUAAUCCAUGGACCUCUUUCAUUUUUGUGCAGGAGAAGUUUUAGAAAGUGACAAAAACACACAAAAUAUAUGUACACUUGCCACACUCUAGUGUUUCUGUUCUUAAGGUUGCAUGCAGUGCAUGUUAAAAACUGGGUUACUAUUGGCCGGCUGUAAGGCAGGAGUACGAUGUCAGUAAUCCGCAAAUAUUUAAACCUGCCAGUCAUCAAAGGUUAGUACUGAUCUUUGCUGCCAUGUUUAGCUGAGCCCAAGAGGGCAUGGUGCUGUCUUAGACCUCUCAAGAAUCACCAAGAAUCUGUUAAACCGCCAUUUUUAUUGACCUUUGAAAACACCUUAGCUACUGCUAUUUGGUUUAGAACAUUGUUUGGGUAAUUUAUCUAUUCUUAUCGCUUAUUGGAAAUGAGGCUUUUAUUGGAAUGAGAGUGCUAUGCUCUAGGGCUAAUUAUUAGAAUAGAGGUGCUUAUUCACAUUUAUCAGAGAAAGGGGGCUCAUUGGAACGAUGGUGCAAAAUUGAAUCAUUAUCGUAGUUUUAAAAACAACUUGUUCUUAAAGGUUUGCAUGUUACCCAUCACCCUUUUCUUUGUAUAUGUCUUGUGCACUGCUUUUUCUAAUCGUUCAGACUAUGAAUUAUGAAACAAUCAUAGAUCAAAAGUAUUCUGAACUGUUAUGAAUCCAUGUACUCCAGCAUUUUUUGAUAACAGGUUGGUUAACAAUCGUGAACGUAGUUUUUGGUUCCAUUUCAUUUCUUUUUGUGUAUUUGAAUUAUUUAUUUUUACAUUAUUGUUAUCACUGAGAUCUGAAUCAUAACAUCAAUGCAGUUUGUAUACCAGUAUGUCACUUUUUUUAGGCAGUUCGAUAUGAUGUGCCAAGAAAUGGAAAACACCAUAAAUAGAUGACAAGGAGUGAACAGAUGUUUUAAUUAUAUAAUUAGGUAGAAGAGGAGCUUGGACAGAUGAUGAGGUUGAUAUCCUCACAAAAGCAGUUUAUCGUGUGACCAAUACAGCUGAAGAUCAACCAGUACCGUUCCAUGGUAUACACUGGCCCAGCGUGGCAAAAAUUGUUAAGACAAGGGCCACUGUUCAGUGUAGACAGAAGUG